AUGGGAAGAAAAAUCUUGUUUAGUUUUUCACUUAUUUUUUUAUCUAUGGGAUUUUCACUAACUUUGGAUCAAAUAUUUGCCAGGAAGAAUGUAAGCUCUCAACCAUCCUCAAACAAGGAAGGGGUUACAAAGAGUGAUCCACUGAGUCAUGGAAAUAUGGAGCCAAUCCAGAAUUUCACAAAACCAAUCACACAGGCCCUGAACUACAAUCUGAGCAGACAAGCGCAUUUAGAAAAAGAACCUUGGAACGCAUUCAGCCAUGAUAGUCCAGCUAAUGUCUCCAAGGAUGGAAUUCCCUGCAUUCUCUUUUGGGCCAAAAGAAUAACAAUUAAGUUUAAGAACCAGACCUGGCUGGACGUUACAGAGGAAGCUUUCGGCCAGAAGGCAACAGUGGAUGCUAGCAACUCAAACUGCAGUGAAGACAGUGCCAAAUUGUCUCUGAAAUUCGACGAUGCUGAAAAUCCCAAAGGUCUUGAUAUAAGAUUCACCCUUACCAAUUACAACAAGUUUUCCAGACAGAGCUGGUUUAGCUUGCACCAAAUUGAAGUUAUUUUUAAUAAUUCAAUCCAAGCAACUUUUAAUGCAACUGGCAUAUAUGCUCCUUCGAGUUAUUCCUAUCACUGCCAGCGCGUCAGCAGCCUACAGCAGUACGAUGCCCUCCUGUUGCCCAGCGACGUGGAUGAUGUAUCAAGCUCGUGGGAGGUCACUUUUGUUGAUUUCCAGAUCCAAGGCUUUACCAUCAAGGGGGGACAGUUUGCCAAGGCCCGAGACUGCGCCCCUUCCUUCUCACCAGCCAUUCUGAUCGGCCUGGCCAUGUCCCUGAUCCUGCUGCUGGUUCUGGCCUACGCCCUGCACAUGCUCAUCUACCUGCGGUAUCUGGACCGGCACUAUGACUUCAUCCCGUCUCCGGCCCGCUUUCCUCAGCUGAAAGCUCGAGAUGCAGCAGAAGAGAAGGAGCUGCUGAGGAGCCAGGGAGUUGAGUGCUAUGAACUGAGAACCCAGGAGAUCUGCAAAGUGUAUGUGUAGCAGCACAGGCCUUUUCUCCCUCACCAAGGCCACAGUGGGCUCUGAGGGGAGCCAUUUCUGUUCUUGCUGUUUGACUUCUGAUGCAAGGUUUUCACCAAACGGCUUGAUUAAAAAACAAGAAAUACAUGCCAAAAAUACAUUUUAAAGUAUCUCCCUGCUUAGGUAGACUUCGGGCAAUGUAAAAAGAAUUCUUGUCCUGGCUGGUGUGGCUCACUUGGUUGAAGCAUCAUCCCGUAGACCAAAAGGUGGUGGGUUUGAUCCCCAGUCAGGACAGUGUACGAUACACCAUUCACUGAUGCCCAGCCUGCUCCUUCCAGAGCCUUCUGCCCCAGAGCUCCCAUGGACCUCCGGCAGUGGCCCGCCUAGCCAAGCCUGGUGUUCUCUCCUUAUCCCCCUACCUGAACCCCUCUUGCCACUGCUUCCUACCUUGUUAGGAACCUUGAAUCUUAAUAGUUAUUAAUGCAAAAGAAAAAAUAUUAAAAAGAAAAAGGAAUUCUCAGGAAUCCCACAAAGAUAAAUAUGAUUGUUCAUUGCCUCAAAGCUACUUUGAAAGCAAAAGAAUGUUUCAUGCUAGGGAGAUAAAAAAAAUGCCAGACAAACAACUAAAAACCACCAGUGCAAUGUAAAGAAGGGAAGACACACUUGUUUCUUCUUUCCUGUGCCAGUUUGGAGGUGGAAAGUGUAGAAAUAAUAAAUCCAAGGUCAUCUGGAAGAUCUGAAUUUAAAAUACUCUUUAACAUAAUUUUCAUUGUUCAGAAAUCAUGUCACAACUUUCACAGAACUAUUUAGGGGGGAACUCUUUAUCAAUAUGGUAGAAUACUUUAUUCAAGGGUUUUCCUGUCAUUUAUUUUGCUACUUAGAGGCAGCCCAGGUCACUCUGUGAAGUAGGGGUAAUAAUCUUGGUACCAUUUUACCUUCCCCAUUUGGUUGUGAUGUGAAUGUUCAUUUCAUUUAUUGAUUUAGACCUCCAUUAGCUCUCCUAGCUGCCAGUUGAAAUAAACAAAUGAGCUAAGUAAGAACAGUGUGCUUGCUAUGAUUCAAGGUAAAUCCCUAAGCCCCCUUCCAACAAGACAGUGACCCCAAAACUCUUCUUUAAUAGAAAAUCUGUAGCCACCACUAAUCUUUCUCCCGUUUCCUUCCAUAUGGAUUUCCCCAUAAUCUCUUUCAGUGUUUAGCAGAUACUGGAGAUUGGCUCACUUUGUAUCUUGGCCAAAUCUUUUCUAAUGUGCCUUCUGUGUUAAAGAGAUCUUAAGUAUAUAAAAUAUACAUUGUAUUUCCCUAACAAGAUUUCCAUACAUGACCUUGAUUCUGAGAUACCCCCACACAAAACAGAAUGCAGAUAGGAACAAUGUUGGGUAGAGGUCAUGCACAGAGAAACCGGAUCUUCUGGGCAGCUGUGUGGACGGGUCCAUAAUCUAGUCCCAUUUUUGAAAUCAAGUAGUGGAUGACAGUGACUGUGGGAUUUCUGUUAGGACAGUCUCAUGUUGGACAUUUCUUCUGGCUAUAUUAAUGGCUGUGAAUGUAGCUUUGGUUUCUGUGACUGAUCUGCAAGGAUCUCUUCUCUCUUGUCAAAGGGCUGACAUAGUUGAAAAUCAGACCCAGGUCUAAUCCUGCAAAUGGGUAAACUGCAUUACAAGUGGAAUUCACAACCUUGCCAGAUCUCUUAUAUGAACAUAAGAGCAUUUAUUACAAAUGAGAGGAAGCUUGAAAUAGGGAUGGUAACUUUGGGGAGAAUUUAGAUGACUUUAAUAAGAAUGUUGAACCCCCAAACUCCACAGAGUUUUUCUUGCUAGCAGAAGUAAGCCCCCUGGGAGAUGAAUUUAUUCCUUUCCUGCUUGAAAACUUUGCAAUAGUCUCACUGGAGAUAGUUACUUUGCUGGAGGGUGCCAGUUUGCUUUAAUGCCUGUAGGCAAGUAGACUCAUGUUCUAGCAUAUCCCAGGAAGCCAACUGCAAAGUCAAAUCUGGAAGAAUAAAACAGCAAGGUUUUGCUAAUUUAUGCAGCAAAAGACUGGGAGAAAUGAAUAUAUGUGGGAAUGGAUUCUGGACGUGCUAACUCAGAGAGUGAGGUGAAUAAUUUUAGAUUGGGCUGAAUUUUUCUGAGACAGUUUUUCUUACUGGAUUUUAGAUGGAAUGUGCUAGUUUGAACAGCUGGGAAUAUUUUUAACAGUUUUCUCAGCUGGUUGACUAAAAUUUUUACUCAACAGUGGCAUAUACUAAAAUGAAGUCGCUACCAGAAAUCUCUUAAAGAAACUAAAUAACUUAGAGAAUUAGAAUGUAGGAACAGAUUUGUCAUGCUCUCCCCCUCCUGCAUAACUGUUUUCCUCUGUGGGGGCCCAGAAGGCCCUUCUUUUGUCAGAGCACUGCGAAAUAUGUUGGGAACACAGCAUCAGCAUUUUUGAAAAGUGCUGUUAGUGGCUGUCCUCUGUAGGCCGUGAGUGAAGGUAGGAGAUGCUACCCUUGGACUGGAAUCCUUAGUUUCAGUAAGGAUGCUGGGGGUCUGGAACAGCAGAGGUCAAGUAUCAGCACAGCAGCCUGAAGGGCUGAAGGGCAGGAGUGUUAAUCAGAUUAGAAAAUAUUUAUUAACGGUAAAGCAAGCUAUGAUGGAUGUGGCAAGGAAGUCCACUGAAGUACUCACUAAUCUGAAUCUUCAUCAUCUAGUUCUACUUUAGAAAGGCCUUAUUCGAGUCAUCAUAGUGGAUUCCCAGAACUGAGACUACUUGUCACUCAGACUCCUUGAAUGAAAAAGAGACCUCUUAAAAAAGGGUCUGUGGUCUUCACAUCUAACGUUCAACAUUAUCAUGAACAAUCUUAUACUUGUCAACUUAGUUUCUGUAUUUUUACCAUACUUCUGGUGUGUUCUGAUCUUCAGAUAUACAACUCACACUAUUCCCAUGGAUGCCUUUAUUAUCAACCCAGCAGAUAGGGGAUUAUUGCCUUGUAAUUGUUAGUGUUGCAGGAGCGUAGCCUGAGAGAUGUCUGUCUUCCCGGUACAUCUGGAACAAUAUGGCAAAAGAAGUGAUGUUGAAGUGAGUAGGAGUUGUCCAGGUAGCUAAUGUGAAGAAAGACAAACAUGGCCGAAGGAAACACAUACGUAAAGACUGGACGCUAUCGUGUGCAGAGAACUAUGAAUACAUGCAUGUAGGCAGGCUUAUAUUACGUAUUUAGAGUGAAGAGAGAUAAAACUGGAAAUGAAGAGAGGGAACAGAAGGCUGCAGUCAACUAAAGACUUAGAAUCUUGCCUUUAGGUAAUGGUGAAAAUUUUAAGCAAGAUAAUUACAUAGUAUGUAAGUGUUAAUAGAAUAGAGACAGAAAUGCCAAUUAAAAGAUUAUUGCAAUAGUUCAGCCAAAAAAUAAUAGGAUCUAAACUAAGACAAUGGGACAAGAGGAAAGAACUGCAAGAGAUACUUAGGGUGUUGGCUACUCAGUGAGGCUUGGCAACCACUGGCACAACACAUGUGACUGGUUAGGUCUCUCAUGUGGGGUGCUGGGCGGAUGGUGAUGCUGGCCUCUGCAAACAGGGAGAAACAGGUGAGGUAGGCUUGGGAAAGGAGACAGUAGAUUCCUGUAAGCAGGUCCUCUAGUAGAGGUCCGAGUAGGUGGUUGGAUGCAUGAAUCUGGGACAAAAUGGAAAGAUCUGGACUAGAAAAUUGGAAACAUAGCCGGUGCUGUCAGUGUCCUGCCCAUAUACCUUUGGUCCUUAUUAUUUCAGUGUGUCGUUGUGGCCCAUGUUACCAUUGCAAUAACUGCCCUCAGAGGCUGUGCUGCCCUCAGGGGCUUCCAUUGCCCUCAGAGGCUGUGGAAGGUUAGAAGUGCUGAAGAAGUGAUGCCCCCGGGCAGUCAUCUUUGUUCAAUGACACUCAGGGGUUGCGUAUAAAUACUCAUGCUCAUGUGUCCCUUGACUGGAACCAUUUUAGAGUGUGUUUUACACCAUUUCCUGGAGUUCCCCAGCAAGACUGAACCUUUGCCCAUUGUGGUUUCUUGCUUGAUAAUGUUCACUUUAUUGAUUCUCUUCACCCUGUCUUACUU